GACCUAUUCUACCAUCUCACCCCCUACAAUAUCCCCACGAAAUCUCUACCCAAACGUUCUCCAAUUCCGCCAUGUCGUUGACAUCUCCUUCCCUCCUCUCUUCGCCGCUCCCCUCCCGCGGCGCCCUCGUCUUCAAUAAGCCGUCUGCUUCGUCGCUCGCAGUCUCAACGGCGAGGCGUGGAGUCCGGGUGGUCGCAGAGGCCGCGGCGGUAUCGUCCCCCGCAUCGUCGGUGUCGGCACAGCGGACCCAGCCGUCGGCAGCCGAGGUGGCGCGGACGGUGGUUGAGCUCGCGCCUUCCGGGACGCUGUCCGUCGUGGGCGCCGACGGUUGGCCGCUCGGUGUCGGCGCUCGUUUUGUCGCCGACGCCGCUGGCGCGCCCGUGCUCUGCCUAGCCGCAGCGGGAGUGACCGUGCCUGAUGCGCGGGCAAGUUUUCACGUUGAGUUUCGGCAAAGUGGAGCCAGGACACCACAAUGUACUUUUCUUGGUGCCUUGACUAAACCUAGUGAUAAAUAUGAGCUGAAGAAGCUGUCUACUAGGUGGGAAACCAAAUUUGGGGAGGAGAUAGAUGAAGAUCGUUUGUAUCUAAUAUCUGUAGAGCGGAUCUUGCACAUGGAAGACUUCAACGAGGAUUUAAUCCGCGCAUCAAAUGGAUUUGGUCCAGUGGGGUAUAUUGAAGGCCGUGUGUGGGUAGUCCCGUCAGAAUACAGUGAUGCAGAACCAGAUCCGCUUCGAAACUUUGCUGAAAGCGUUGUUGAGGAAAUGAACAGUGAACAUGCUGAAGAUGUUCAUAGGAUAUACAAUAUUUAUGCCGAAUCAGAUUUUCAGGCAUUGGAUGUGAAGAUGAUUUGGGUAGACAGACUUGGUUUUGACUUGCAUGUUCAUUCCGAGGAAGGCAUCUUCGCUGUUCGGAUACCUUUCUCAAGGCAGGUCUCUGACCAGAAGGCGGUGAAAUCGUCAUUCAACAUGAUGGCUCAUCAUGCAUGGGAGGUGGACAAGAGUUAUGCCACCCCAGAGUUUGAGAAGGUACAAUUCUUGAAGAAGGUCACAUAGAUGGUGUGAUAUCUGUAUUCGAUAUGAUACCUCCAUUGUCAGUAUUUUUCUGUCAGUUUUUUUUCGAAUCGAUUUCUUUUUUUCUUUUUUCUUUUAGCGCAAAGCGAACUAUUCUUUCGCCUUUUUCUGUCAUUUAGAUGACCAUGGUUGUGAUAUUCUAUGCCUAACACAUACGGAGUAGUUUUAAGUGUCUUUGUGUGUUUCCAUCCAUCUCUUUGCCUUAUGUACCAUUGAUUAGCGCCAUUCUGUAAUAAGAGCAAUGAAUUUAGACGGUAAUGUUUGAUGUACAUUGUAGUUGGUUCA